CCAGCCAGACCCAGACUCUGAUAGCUUCAAGGCGUACUGUGACAUGGAGACGGACGGAGGGGGGUGGACGGUGGUCCAGCGCAGGGAGGAUGGACUGGUCAAUUUCCAGAAGACGUGGAGGGAGUACAAUAAUGGAUUUGGUGACCCUGAUUCAGAACACUGGCUGGGGCUGCAGAAGAUGUACCUCCUCAACAAGAAUGGCAACACUAAGAUUAGGUUUGAUCUCUGGCAGUUCAAAGACAACAAGUACUCCUAUGCUGAAUACAAGAAGUUCAAGCUGAGUGAUGAAAGUGACCGCUAUCGCCUAAGAAUUGGCCGUUACUCUGGCACCGCUGGUGACUCCUUCCACUAUGGCCACUACUACCUGCGUCACAACGGCCAGCGUUUCUCGACCUUUGACCUGGACAAUGACGCCAGUUCAAGCCGCAACUGUGCGCAGCUCUAUCACGGUGGCUGGUGGUUUGCCAACUGCAUGGCAUCCAACUUGAAUGGGAUUUAUUAUGUAGGCCAUCAGAAUGGAGAGUAUCAGUCCUACACUCGAGAUGGAAUCAUGUGGCAAACACUAGACGGGUACCGAUCACUGAUGGAGACAGAGAUCAAAGUGCGACCAGCCAAGUUCAAAUGUUGUUAAACUUGCA